ACAUGGUAGAAGAGUGGGCGGCACUUGGACAAUUGAGAGAGCGGAACAUGGCUAACAAGAAACAGCAGCAGGAAAUGGUACAGGUUGACCGAUCCUCGUCGGCAUCCCCAUUCUGGCGAACUACUUCGAAUACCUCCAAGCCAUACGAGAACAAGAAGAUCAUCGGCGCCUCUUACUCGCAUGCGGAUAUCUUGAAGUUUGAAUCUCUUUCACCCCCAGCCUCCAGUUCGCGCCCCAGAACACCGCCAUCCGCCAGUUUUAGCCGCGACUCGAGUGCUCUACCCUCGCGCACUGGGAGCAACAGUUCCCCCGCCGCUUCCAAGAAGACGUAUAGCAGUUUCUUGCGCGACACCCAUAACGACUGGGAUGAGCAGGAUGAAGAUGACGACAUCAUGUUUGAGGAUGACGAGGACGAGUUCGGGCUUCCCAGUAUAGCGAGUAUGCGCAGGAAGGGCAGACGGAAAGAAUCGAGACAUCCAAAAGACCCGGGUGGCAUGGCUGCUAAAAAUGACACAAAUGCGACCGCAUGGCGAGCAAUUGACAGUGGAGACAUCGCAGAAGAGAGAGGAAUACCCAACUACCCAACUGCGAAAAAGGUCGAGGGAAAGAUCUUACGGCCACAAUAUCAGGAGAUACUACGAGACCCAGCGAAUUCAUUACACCUCAUUUCACAUCCCCCUACCCCCGCCAAUGCUUCCGCGAAGGAAGUUGAAGAGCAUUCCGCUCGAAUAGGUCGCAUCAACAAGUUCAAACGCAUAUUGCAAACAAGCACAAUAUCGUUGUCUGAUCUACGAGAUUCAGCAUGGUCAGGCAUACCAUUUGAAGUCCGCGCCAUGGCCUGGCAGGUUCUGCUCGGUUAUCUCCCCACAAGUAGUGAACGAAGAGUGGCAACCCUGGAAAGAAAGAGAAAAGAGUAUCUGGAUGGAGUGCGACAGGCUUUCGAACGGGGCAGUUCGGGAAAUGCCAGCUCCGUGACCGCUGGCAUGGCUGGAGCUUCGUCGAACCCCUCGGCAAAUCGCGGGCGAGGCCGUGGGUUAGAUGAGGCCAUCUGGCAUCAGAUCAGCAUUGACGUACCGCGAACCAACCCACACUUGGAACUCUAUAGCUACGAGGCCACACAAAGAUCAUUGGAACGGAUACUUUACGUAUGGGCGAUAAGACACCCAGCUUCGGGCUAUGUACAAGGCAUCAACGACUUGGUUACUCCAUUCUGGCAGGUAUUCCUGGCCGCGUACAUUUCAGAUUCCGAUGUGGAGUCCGGAAUGGACCCUGGCCAGCUGCCAAAGCAAGUUUUGGACGCGGUCGAAGCCGACUCUUUCUGGUGUCUCACAAAACUCCUGGACGGUAUACAGGAUAAUUACAUAUCUCAUCAACCUGGCAUACAGAGGCAGGUUGCUAGUCUCAGGGAUCUGACAACACGCAUCGACGAUGGUUUAGCGAAACAUUUGCAAAAUGAGGGUGUGGAAUUUAUACAGUUCAGCUUCCGGUGGAUGAACUGUCUUCUCAUGCGAGAGAUAUCCGUGAAGAACACAAUACGGAUGUGGGAUACGUACUUGGCAGAAGAAAAUGGGUUUUCCUCGUUCCAUCUUUACGUAUGCGCCGCUUUUUUGGUCAAAUGGUCUGAUCAGCUACGCAAGAUGGAUUUCCAAGAAAUCAUGAUGUUUUUGCAAUCCCUGCCUACCCGGCAAUGGACGGAAAAAGACAUUGAACUGCUACUGAGUGAGGCAUUCAUCUGGCAGAGUUUAUUCAGGGGAAGCAGUGCACACUUGAGGAAUACAGGGUCCAAAGGCGGGCUAGAGGUUGGCAUGGGCCCUAACAGCUAG